CCGGGGAAGGUCAAUAUUUGACAAAUGGCCGAGCUAUCUGUCACUUUCGCGCAGUGCCAUAAACACCACGAGCGUUUAUUUACUUUUGUAAAAUAAUGGAAGAUAUUUGUCGGUUAUGUUGUUCAACAAAUUUCGUCAACAACGACAUAUUCGACGAGGAAAAUGCGUUGUAUGUCAAAAUGUCACUAUACUUACCAAUAAAGGUCUUCAAAAACGACCGAUUACCGCAAAAAGUUUGUGAUAAGUGCAGUUGUAAAGUGAACGAUUUCUACCAGUUUUGUAAUGAAACCAUUGAAGUUCAGAACAGGUUACGGGCAUUGUUCCUUCCAUCAGACACCACAUCAGUGGACCUCACACUCAUCAAAGACAAUGCAUCUCCUCUUCCCUCCAUCGCGCCAUGCGAGCAGAGCACACAGACAGACUCCGACAGAGUGCUGUCCACGAUGGACAUCAAACAGGAACCUGCACCCUCUCCUACACUCAUCAAACAGGAGGAAAACAUCUAUGAAUCUGACCGAUCCCUUGGCAACUGCUCCGACAAUAGUGAUGACAUGUCCUUAAUAACACUGAAGAAGAGGAAAAACACAAAAAAAGAAGUAAACGGUAUAGACAAAAAAACAAAAAAGAAAAAACCAAAGUUGAAAGAUUGGGAGAUGUUGAUGAAGGCCUUACCGGAAGGUACGGCUAUCUCUCUGGUAGAUAAGACAAAUGUGCCGGAUGUGAAGGAGGAGUGCAAGGAGGAGGACGCGACAGAGUUCGUGAUGCCCAUAGACAUGAAGAAGGUGAAGAGCGAGGGCAACCAGGUCGACACGUACCAUUGCUGCGUGUGCCUGGCGCAGUGCUACAGCCGCAACGAAAUGCGACAGCAUUACAGACUGCACAAGGAGCCGUUGAACCCGGCGACGGAGCCCGCGCCGCCGCCGCCGCCGCCCGGCGACCUACCGCUGCGCUGCACGCGCUGCAGGAAGGAGGUGACGCGCGAGGGCUGGGCGUCUCACUGGCAGCGACACUGGCAGCGCGACCGCCGCCCCUACCGCUGCGCGCUCUGCGAGAAGUCCUUCCGCGACCACCACCAGAUCCUCAAGCACGGCCUCACGCACGCGGCGCCCGCGGGGCCCGCGGCGGGGGUCGCGCCCCCCGCGGCGCCGCCCGCCGCCGCCGCCGCCGCCGACGCGCCCAAGCGGUUCGUGUGCGACUUCUGCCCCGAGCGGUUCGUGUACAUGCGCUUCCUGCUGGAGCACCGCACGCGCGCGCACCCCGAGGGCGCGGCGCGGCCGCUGGCGCUGCGCUGCGGCACGUGCGCGCGCUCGUUCGCGCACCUCAACUCGCUGCGGCGCCACCUGCGCUCGCACUCGGGCGAGCGCAACUACCUGUGCAACGUGUGCGGCAAGGCGCUGUCGUCGCGCGAGCACCUGAAGUUCCACAUCCGCAUCCACACGGGCUACAAGCCCAACGUGUGCAAGACGUGCGGCAAGGGCUUCGUGAAGAAGUGCAACCUCACGCUGCACGAGCGCGUGCACUCGGGCGAGAAGCCGCACGUGUGCUCGCACUGCGGCAAGGCCUUCAGCCAGCGCUCCACGCUCGUCAUCCACGAGCGCUACCACAGCGGCGCGCGGCCCUACGAGUGCGGGCUGUGCGGCCGCGGCUUCGUCGCCAAGGGGCUGCUCUCCAUGCACCUCAAGACCACCUGCAUCUAGCGCCUGCACACGCCGCCGCCGAGUCGUCCCGGAGCCCACUCGCCACACGCGGCUGUACGCAUUCGGCUGUUGCUGGUGGAGGACUCGCCGGCGGCCCGACGUGCCAGUCACGUCGCCUAGCUGUAGUGACCAUGUGAUAUAGUACUACUGCACUAGUUUAUUGACCGAGUGUGGAUUGUGCAAAUUACCUAUAAGUUAAGGUUGCCUCCCGAACGCGUCUGCGGCUGCAGACUGUGCUGGUGCUAUCGUAUAUAAAAUUAUAAUAAUGCUUUUAGGCAUCGUUUAUUGGACUACUAGAUAAUAGCCCGAAAAAAUUAUAAAGCGUUGAUCACAUGGACAAUGUUUUGUCAAAUGUUAUAUCGUGUAUUAAGUAAUAGCUUUGGAUUCGGUAUUCAGGUCGGAUAGCAAAAAAUAAUAACAAUUAUUCGAAAAUAAAAUAUACUUGUUUGUCUGGUGGGUUAGAUUUUACUUUGACAAAUUAUUGUCAACUUAAUAACAUUUCAUUGAAUAUUUAUUUUUUCGUCAACAAUGCUGUGUAUUAUUUUCUCUCUGUGUCAUGUUUAUAUUUCUCUGCAAAAUAGAUUACAAGCACCUUUAAAAAUAAAUUUCAUGCAAAAUUAUAGACAACCACGUCGGUUUUUUCUGAGGUUUUCGAUUUUUGCUGUCGCAGUGUGUCGCUGCAGUCGUGUUCGGAACCGUACCUUUAAUAUUAAGUGCGUUGCAGCUAGAGUUGCCAACUUAUCAGUAACAAGUAAGCGACUAACGUCUGGGCACCGGACACGUACAAAUAAAUCAUUAUGUUUUA